UGAGGGAAAAAUCCCGUUGCGAAAUCAAGCACGUAUGUUGUCAUUUUCGCAACGACCCGUUGUUAUAUUUUUCAACAACGGCUGUUGGUGAAUUGUGCACGAACGUGCUCAAAUUGACACCGAGACGUGGUCAACUUUCGGUACCAACAACAGCCGUGCUUAAUUUGUCCAUUUGUAAUAUUGGUAAUUGCAGCCGAUUACACACGAGUAAAAAAUGACAACGGUGGUGCAUGAUUCACACACGGUCGUUGUCAAUAUGACACCGGUCGUGUAUGAAUUAUGCACCACCACCUGCAUAAUGAUGCACCACCGUUGUUACUUUGUACACCGACGUGCAUGAAUCGUACACGAUCGUUGCCAUUUUAGCAACUACCGUGUAUGAAUCAUGCACCACCGUUGUCAUUUUUUUUACUCGUGUGCAAUCGGCUGCAUAUUUACCAUUUUUUCCGUGUUAUUGAAAGAGAAAGGACGCAUUGUGCAAAAAAUUUAUUGAAAAUGAAUAAUAAUUCGCAAGAUCCUCAAAAUAUCAUUGGUGAGUUGUUAGAAAUCGAUGGCAAUAUUGUUGUGGUUCGCGAUACAAACCAUUGCAGCAGUCAAGAUGCGGAAAACAAUGAGGACGAUUAUAUGUUAAGGGAGUUCUUAAAAGGAAUAAAUAUGGAGUCGCUUUUUGAACAAUUAAAAGGUAAGUAAAUAAAAAUGAAUUUUUCAGUUAAUCAGUGUAAUUAACAAAGAAUUUUCUUUUUUGUUCUUUUAGCAUCACAUGUAACAUUUCGCAGCUUGCAGUACUUGAAAAAAGAAGAUUUAAAGGAAGCAGUGCCACCAUUGGGACUGCGUGUUGAAUUCAGAGAAAAGCUCUUUGCUUGGAAAAAACGAAAGGUACGUAUUAUUUGUUUUACAGAGUUGAACUCAGUAUUAAUAUUGUCAUAACAAUAGCUCGGGAUUGAUGACGAAACUAUGUCAGUUCCAUCUAAAAUAGGUGAAUGGUGGAAACGCAACGAGACACCUGCAAGUACUCCUGGUACUCCCGACACUACAGGUUCGAACUGCUCAAAAGCCAAAGGAAUUUUGUCAGAGGAUCUAACGGAAUUGUUAACACAUACCUCGAAGGGGAAACUAGCGCUUGAAUGUAGUAGCGUUAAUAAGAAAUUAAGUGACGAGCAAAGAGAUGAUAUAAUUAAUAUAAUUAUUGAAGAUAUUUUAACCAACAAUGUUACUCUUUACACUCAAGACUAUAUGCGCAUAUUGGAUGAAAUUUGUUCCGUUUUUCCUCUUGAAAACGAAAUGAGGGAUUAUUAUUACAUUUCAAGAAAAGGAAAGAACAACGCAAGCGGAAAACUUUAUGCCAAGUAUAGAAACAAGAAGUCCAAAAGAAUAAAGCUUUUGAUUUCCGAGCCUAGCACAAGCAAAGCAGCAACUCACACAUCUCCUAAUUUUUGUAACAAAGAUGUUCCCGAAAUUGAUGAAUCAGUUGAAAAUUCAUUGAAAGCUUCCUUACUAAGAGAAUGUAAUGAUUGGGGAUCGAUCUGCGAAAAAUGGAAAAGAUCUUUUAACAUACGGCAAAGAGAUAUAAAAAAUUUAAGUAGCCAUACAUUUCUCCUUGAAUGGACGAAGUUGUCCGAUGCAAGAGCUUCAGAAUUGGUCAACAUUGAUUUCGAUAUUAUGUAUCCACAGAAAGGCAAUCUUCUACUUUCUAAAUGGGACCAAUUUAAGAAAAAAAUUUACAAUUAUUAUGGGAAAAAUAUUCAUAACGAACAUUGCAAACAACUCUUCGCAAAUGUUUUGACGGCAAGCAGCAUAGAUGCUCAAGAUUAUAUAUACGCAAUACUGUUGAAUUCAGUUUUACCAUCACCUGCUAGGUUUAAAUGUGGAAACGGUAAAUUACGAAAAAAAGUAACAAUAGCUGAUUCGCAGGAAAGUUUCGUACUGCGACUACCGACAAUUAACGAUUAUAAAAGGCAAAUUGAUACAGUCACUGAAAAGUAUUACAAUGCUGGAUUAACUAUACAGCCAUUUAUAAUUGUGGAGGGUUUGUCCGAUUUCAAUAUAAAAGGUUUUUAUGUUUUUUUUAACCACAAUUUGUUAAAAUUUCAAUCGUUCCUCGAAUGUUUAGAUACAUGUUUUAAAAUUUUUCAUGCACUUUCUUUAAAAUAUCCAAAUGCCUGCCAAAUUCCAUGGAUUUUUAUCCAAAAAUAUUUUUAUGAAAUUAAUACUGUAUAUGAUAUAAAAUCAGUUAAUUUGACUUCACUUAUUAAUUUCUGCAACAAUAAUUAAAGUACAAUUCAAAAUGUAUAUUUGCUUUCGUUGCCGUAAGCAUUUUGAUAAGGCAAAUCUUUUAAUAGCUCAUUUGAAAACAGACCAUUUAAUGUCCACUAAAUUUUUAAAAGUACAAUGCGUUCAGGACAACUGUAAGCAAACAUUUACAAAAUUUACGUCAUUCAGAAUUCAUUUAGAAAAACUUCACAAGAAUCACACAAAAGCUCCACCAAUGGUUAAAGCCAUUAAUGUGCCAGUUGAAAUGUCAUCAUCAAAAGAAAAUGAUUAUACAAACAGUGAAACUGUUAUUAACAACAAUACAAUAGAAAAGGAUUUAAAUGUUUUGAAAAAGAAAACCUUAUAUCUGUCUUUACAAUUACAUGGUCAAAGCUAUAUGCCUAGAAAUCAUGUUAUAGAAAUACAACAUUCUGUUUCAAUUCUGCUUUCAUCCAUUUCAUGUACAAUUGAAAAAUAUAUAACUGAUCAUCCAAAUUAUGAAGACUUAAGGUACUUACUAAACUUUUGUAAAAAUCCUUUCGAAGAAACUAGAACGGAAUAUAGACUUUUAAAAAUUUUAAAAGAACUAAACUUUUAUGAUGAUCCAAAGGUUUAUGUAAUUAGCAAUCAAGUCUCGGAAAUUGUUAUCAGCGGAAAUCCCAGUUUAGGUCCAAAGUUAUCCAAUAUUUAUAUAA